CCGGAGACCCGGAGCUGAGGGUCUGGACGGGUGAGGGUCUCAAUUAGGAAGGCCGCCAGACUUGAAUCGGAGCAGCAUUUGGGAGACGUGGUGCAGUCCACCUGAGAGAGCCGCCAUGGGGACCACAGCCCCAGGGCCGAUCCAUCUGCUGGAGCUGUGCGACCAGAAGGUCAUGGAGUUUGUCUGCAAUGUGGACAAUAAGGACUUGGUGUGGCUGGAGGAGAUAAAGGAGGAGGCCGAGCGCAUGUUCAUCAGAGAAUUCAACAAUGAGCCCGAGCUGAUGCCCAAGACACCUUCUCAGAAGAACCGGCGGAAGAAGAGACGGGUCUCUUCUGUUCAGGAUGAAAACAGAGACCCCAUCCGGAAAAGGUUGUCCCACAGAAAGACGCGGAGCGGCCGGCUGAGCUCCCGGCGCCUCCGCAGCAAGGACAGGCUGGAGAAGCUGGCCCCGGGGGCUGGGGACGACGUUCCCGUCUUGCGGCGCGUGACCCGUGCUGCGGCCGCCGCCGCAGCCGCCACCACAGCAUCGACGGCACCUUUGCCUGCCUCUGAGUCCCCCACAGCACUGACAGAUAAGUUUGGGGUGAGCGUCGCUCAGGGCCAGCUGGUCCCCGUCGUGGAGAUAGGCACCAGUGAGCAACAGAGCGCCCAGCAGCACCUCAGGCAGCUCAGGUCUGCUUCGGCCGCUCCCCCGGCCCCAGCUCCGGCCUCCCCCAUCACCUUGACCUCCGAUGAGGAAUCAACUCCCAAGAAGCCAGAGGCGGGGAGAUUGGAGUCUGUCAACGUGAGCUCCCUGAAGACCACACCCCAGGACCCCAAGGGGCGAGGGGCUGGAGCAGGGAGGUCCGCCUCCAAGCUCAGGAUCGCGCAGGCCUCCCCGGGCCUGCAGGACUUGCCUGCCUCUCCGGCCUCCCCGUGGCGGGAGCGGGUGCUGGCCCCUAUCCUGCCGGACAACUUCUCCACGCCUGUGGGCACCCGGCCAGACCGGAGGUCUGUGCGGCGCAGCCUGAUUGCCCCGUCCUCUCCCGGGCUCCAGCCCUCGCUGGCCCAGAAGUACUCGCUGGUGACCAGGCAGACCGCCGUCCGCAGGUCCAACAGGAUCACCAAGAAGGCCACCGAAGAGCCGGCCGCCUCCGCCCGCAUCAUCUGUCACAGUUACCUGGAGAGGCUCCUGAAUGUGGAGGUACCCCAACAAGUCAGCCCUGAGAGGAAGGAGCCGAGUGAGAAGGCUGUGGGGCCCGUGGAGGCAGCUGAGCCAGAGACCCCCAAGAACAACGGGAGCACCUCGUGCCCUCACGGUGCCACCAAGAUGGCCAUCAGCACCCCUGACUCGCGGCCUGCGGCUGGUGGCCGGGCCUCGCCCUCGGAAGAGGCCAAGACUGAGCAGGCAGACGGACCCAAGGAGCCACCCCACAGUGCCAGGAGGAAGCGCAGCUACAAGCAGGCGAUGAGUGAGCUGGACGAGGAGCAGCCGCUGGAAGAUGAGGAGCUGCAGCCCCCCAGGAGCAAGACCCCGUCCCCGCCCUGCCCGGCCAGCAAGGUGGUGCGGCCCCUGCGGACCUUCCUGCACACCGUGCAGAGGAACCAGAUGCUCAUGACCCCGACCUCGGCCUCCCGCAGCAGCACCGUGAAGUCCUUCAUCAAGCGCAACACGCCCCUGCGCACCGACCCCAAGAGCAGCUUCGUUGAGAAGGAGCGACAGCGCCUGGAAAACCUGCGGCGGAAGGAGGAGGCUGAGCAGCUGCGGAGGCAGAAGGUGGAGGAGGACAAGCGGCGGCGGCUGGAGGAGGUGAAGCUGAAGCGUGAGGAGCGCCUCCGGAAGGUGCUGCAGGCCCGGGAGCGGGUAGAGCAGAUCAAGGAGGAGAAGAAGAAGCAGAUCGAGCAGAAGUUUGCUCAGAUCGACGAGAAGACCGAGAAGGCCAAGGAGGAGCGGCUGGCUGAGGAGAAGGCCAAGAAAAAGGCCGCGGCCAAGAAGAUGGAGGAGGUGGAGGCGCGCAGGAAGCAGGAGGAGGAGGCACGGAGGCUCCGGUGGCUGCAGCAGGAGGAGGAGCGGCGGCAGCAGGAGCUGCUGCAGAGGAAGAAGGAGGAGGAGCAGGAGCGGCUGCGGAAGGCGGCAGAGGCCCGCAGGCUGGCGGAGCAGCGCGAGCAGGAGCGGCUGCUGGCGGAGCAGCAGGAGCAGGAGCGGAAGAAGGAGCAGGAGCGGUGGCGGGAGCAGGAGCGGAAGAGGGAGCAGGAGCGGCUCCAGGCCGAGAGGGAGCUGCAGGAGAAGGAGCGGGCCCUGCGGCUGCAGAAGGAGCGGCUGCAGAGGGAGCUGGAGGAGAAGAAGAGAAAGGAGGAGCAGCAGCGCCUGGCCGAGCAGCGGCUCCAGGAGGAGCAGGAGAGGAAGGCCAAGGAGGCGGCGGCCAGCAAGGGCCUGAAUGUGACCGUGGAGGUGCAGUCUCCAGCCUGCACCUCGUAUCAGAUGACUCCACAGGGGCACAGGGCACCCCCCAAGAUCAACCCGGAUAACUAUGGGAUGGAUCUGAACAGUGACGACUCCACCGAUGACGAGGCCCAACCCCGGAAGCCCAUCCCCACCUGGGCCAGAGGCACCCAGCUCAGCCAGGCCAUCAUCCACCAGUACUACCACCCCCCGAACCUUCUCGAGCUCUUUGGAACCAUUCUCCCGCUGGACUUGGAGGACAUCUUCAAGAAGAGCAAGCCCCGCUACCACAAGCGCACCAGCUCCGCUGUGUGGAACUCGCCGCCCCUGCAGGGCCCCAGGGUCCCCGGCGGCCUGGCCUACAGCCUGAAGAAGUACUGAGGCAGCCCCGGGUCUCGGCAGCCUCAGCUCUGUCUGUCUGUCUGUCCGCCUCUCUUGGCCGGUGCCCUCCCAGGAGCCUGGCAUUCUGUUUGAGGGCUUGGCCCUGUGUAUAUACAUGUUCUCUGUGCCGUGGGGGGAAGGUGGCCUGGAUCUGUUUGGAGGCUGUGCUCUGGGUGCUUGGGGAAGAACCAGGCCGCCCACCCGGCCAGAGCAGUCCUCUGUAAAUAGAUUGUUACAAUUCCGCUGAAUUUUAGCCUCUAGUGUUUGAGAGCUAGGUUAAUAAAGUCUAUUCCUCAAGCCUGUUGCAGGGAUUGUGGAGCCGCGGCAGUAGGUCCUGGCGCAGGCCCUGCGAAGUGCUGGGACCCCAGAUGGACUGGAGGGCCAGGGCACCGUUGUGGGGUGUGCUUCAGAGUCCCCGGGGCCCCACCCCCCAGAGUUGCUGGCAGAACCGCCCAUCCCAGUUGACCUUCCUGGGAUUCGUCGUGUUUAGCCCCCAGAAGGUGUUGUCAGCCUCCCGGUCACCGGGGUACAUCGGUGGCACCGGUGCCCGACACUCAUUCGGGCAUCAUGGGGCCGGAGUCGCACUUCGGAGCAAGUUUCAGUCAAAACGUCCCCGGGCGAGUGCCGUGAUGACGCAGCCUGUGCCGUGCGGUGACUUCCCUUCCUCCCCGUUCUCCCUGCAGGAAGCUAGUGGGAACCACAGAACUAAGAGUUAAAGCUUGCUCCAUAGCUGUUCGAAGCUGUGACCUGCCAUGGCAAAUGACAUCUAUUUUCUGAGCAGAACUGAAAUGUUUGCUUUUUCCUCUUAAUUUCAGAGUGCAAAACCUUUUGAAACACCUCAUAUCAGGCUUAACUUUGGGUGUUUGGAAUGUACUUAAAGAUUGGAUUUGGACACAAUUGUGUGAUUGGACUGAUCUGUUCUCAAGACUGAGAGACUGGUUAUGUGAAAUAAUUAAAUCAACUUCUCGCGAAGUUCCAAAGACAGAAGUGUUGGGGAGCUAAAAAUGUACCCCAAGAUAUCUCAUUUUUGGCAAAAGCAACCACCCAGCCUUCAGAGCCUCUCUCAUGAAAUCAACCA